GAGACCCCAUGCAUGAGCACAGAAGCACACGAGUCAAUGCAAAACCAGCGAUGGUUUACCGAAAAUGAGAACCGAAGCAUAAGGCUUCUGGGGAAGCAAUUCCACUCCUUGGUAACCAAUUGCCGUCUUUCCAAUGACUCGCAUGUUUUCGAUGUCUCUACGUUCCUUCCUUGUAAACUUGAUGUAAGAUCCAGGGACACCGUGGAAGUGCAGCUUUUAAAUAUCUGGAAUCCAGCAGCAGUAGCAUAUUCAAAAUAAAAUGCACGUUUACCAUAAUACUUGAGUCUUGUAUAAAGGAAAAUGUAACUUGAAAUACAUAAAAGGUGUGAGCUGUGAGCUCGAUUUACUUUAACAUGUUAAGGGGUUCAUUUUGUUUAGUUUUGAAACAUGUAGCCGUUUACCUUGUCAGAGAACUGGACUAGUUGAUUCAAUGAAUGAAAAUGUCUGUGAGGGCUUAAUUCCACUGUUAGUACUUUUGAAUCUGUUAUCUGACUGAGAGCCCUGUAAUCUUUCUUUACAUUAAACCAAGGGCAUGACUGAAUUGGAUCACCCUCCCCACCCCCAUCAAACCUCUAGUCCAUAUGGUUUCUCUUACAUUUGGGAUUUGUAUUUCAAACUUCAGCAAAGGCAUAAUAAAAAUGAAAUUCAUUAUUAUAUACUGACUGCUCUGAUGGUUAAGUUUUCUUUCCAGGCAGACGACUUUUUUUUUUUUUUUUUUUUAAAUACAAAUGUUUUAUUCUCUCUUGAAACAUCUCAUGCUUUUUAUAGCCACUUCGAUAUUGACAAAAAAAUAACACUGAGGGUUCUUUAAAGGCUUUACGUUGUUGUUGUACGCGAGUAAAGUAUAAAACAAAAUUAUAUUGCCUUCUUCCUACUGGUCAGUUUUUUUUUUUUUUUUUUAAACCACACUAUUGAUUCUUCAUAAUCUAACAAUUCCAUGAACCAAGUCCCAGUCAUUGAACAUUUACUUAAUCAAUAGUAAAAAAAAUGCCCACAGAUCCCUGUAGCUGUAUAGUACAAAGAAUAUCGUCAAAGAAAAUGACUAGCUUUCUUUAGUAUUCCCAUAGUAUGUUACGAUUUGAAUGCUUUAUAGUUAUUGGUGGAAAACUAAGUCUCUUUGGAGUCUCAAGUUGCUUGAAUGACUAUCAAGUAUACCUGGAACUAGGUCAUUUUAAAUCUGUUUAUGCUGCAGAACUGCACUUUCUGUAUUUUUUACUUCUUUUCUAACCAUUUCACCCACCCACAAAUUAUUUGGAUUAAAACCGAGCCCUUCAUGCUGUGGAGAGCUGGUAUUUAUGUUGAAGAAAUUCUCACUAAGUGGAAAGGAGACUAUGAACAACUGGAGCAUAACCACACCUACAUACAAUGGCUGUUUCCAUUACGAGAGCAAGGUUUAAAUUUUUAUGCCCAAGAACUAACUCAAGAUGAGAUUAAGGAAUUUCAAGGCACUAGAGAAGCCAAACGACGAUUUCUUGUGGCGUACACAGUGAUGCUGGAUUUCUUUGGAUUAAAGCUGCUUGACAAAAAUGGAAAUGUUGCCCGUGCUGCAAACUGGCAGGAUAGGUUUCAGCAUCUGAAUGAAUCUCAACACAAUUAUUUACGAAUCACCCGCAUUUUAAAAAGCCUGGGUGAGCUGGGAUUUGAGAGUUUCAAAGCCCCUCUGGUGAAGCUGUUGCUGGAGGAGGCUCUUGUUGAGGAGACCAUGCCCAACAUGAAGCACAGCGCCCUGGAGUACUUUGUUUACACCAUACGGAACAGAAAGGAGAGAAGAGUCCUGCUGCGGUUUGCCCAGCUGCACUACCAACCUCCUGAACAUUUCAUCUGGGGCCCGCUGAAGAAGAGGAAACCCAGUGCCAAAAUGUAUUGUACUCGAGAGAAAAAUACAGCCAGGGCUAAACCCACAAGGGAGGCCGUGGCAAAAAACACUGUUUCUCUGCAUGCCAGCGGUGACAGCAGCACUGGGAGAACUGAAAAUAACAGGAGUGACAAAACAGAGAAUGAAAAUCGGGCAAAAACAGCCAGCCCAGCUAGUACAGAUGGGCAAGUCUGCAAAACAGAAGAGAAAUCUGUUUCAGAGGGGGAGCGGGCUUCAAAGAAUGGGAGAGCAUCUGUUGCAAAUAAACCGAAACAGGCUAGUUUCAAGAAGAAACCAGAGCAAGGGGGGAAGGUGGAAAAGCAAAAUCAGAAAUGAAGAAAAAACCUGUAUAUUGAUUCGAUGUCUGCGUAGUAUUAUUCCUCUCCUGGGCAUCCCAGCAAAGGAAGGAUUUUUUUUUUUCGGACAAUAGGAUGACUGUAGCAAUACCUGUUCAAUGCCUUGCACCUUUGAAAAUGUGAAGACAGGCAGAAACAGUAGCUUGCAGUUACAGAUCACCUGCAAAGUUUACAAAAAACACAUAACCUUGCCUUUGCUGUGUGUCGUGUUGUCCGAAUCUCAAUGUUGUAUGUUUAAACAUAUUGAUGUGUGAAUAAAAUAAAAUAAAAAAAAAAAACAUAAAAACUAUCUGGAAUAUGUUGAAAAUAGCAAUUGCUGUGCUAUAGACAACACAGUAUAUGGAAAAGGUAACAUGUUUCUUGUAAACACUGCAGGGGGUUCCGUAACACUUUAAGCUUAGAUACACGCAGAAGUAAAGCCUUGUUUAUAGGGCUUUGUUCAUCAUGUCUGGUAUGUUGCUUUUUAAAUGUUUGUUAUAAACAUUUGCUGUAGUUCUUGGUUGGCUGUUUGUUUACCUUAGUCUAUUUUGUACUUUAGAAGGACCGUAACACAAAAAAAUCAAGAGUAACCCUGUUUAAUUGAUGCUGUUGUACAGAAGAGCCCAUUUUCCGUGGCUGUCUAUAGUCUUCCUUAAUGCUGCUUGUUUCAAGUAUUACCUUAGAUAUAUCAGCUCUGUGUAAAUUUUGCUUUCUUUGCUUCAAAAUAGAUGCUGAUUCUGAAGUAGAAUUUCAAUGUUUUUUUUACAGCAGUGUACCAAAAUUGCCACUAUGUUUAUGUAUUAUAUACUGUAUAUACCUGUUCUUUUAUAGGAGCAUAUCUUUCUUUUUUUUUUUUUUUAAAUAUGAAGUGCCUCCUUUUUAUGUGUGACAUACACAGCUUAAUUGAGUACAGGGAACAGCUUUGAAGAAAUGUUUUCUUAACCUUUUUCCAGGUUACUGAAUUCAGUAUUUUGUAUUUGUAGCUAACUAGAUACAAACCCAGUAAAACAAAAAUAAUUGGGGAUAGAAAGAACAACAAUUUGUACUUUUCAAGUUAUUUGUGAUAAAUAAAAGUAUUUAUCAAAUAUAUGAAACAUACUCCUUGCUCUUUCUAUCCAUAGGCCAUAUCUAUGUGCUGUAUUUACACAGGAUAUUUACUUAUUAUACUCCUCCAAUAAAUGUCAAUAAUGUCUUAGCACUUGCUGUUUUCUAAAAGCCUUUAAUCUUACAGUAGGUAGUUUUAGUUCAGUGAACCUCACAGUUAAACUUUCAGAAAAGAAUGACAACCCGUCUCUACAAUGAAAUAUUUGACUAACUGCAUGCAAUUUAUUUAGACAGUGAAAGAGGUAUUUUACUUAAACCAAUGAUAGGUACUGAAUCAAAGAUGUAGUUUUAACUGGUGAUACUGUAUGUGAGCUUUACAGAGCAUAUGCAAAUGUAUUAGGAAGUGUAAUUUUUUAUUUUUUUUCUCUAUUUUAAGAUCUAAAAUGUUCUGUUUACACUUCUGGGUUUCUUGUUUGGUUUAGAAAUGAGAAAGGAUACAGAGUGCUGAGUGGUGGUUUUUUGCAUGUAUGAGCAGCACGGAUUUAUGCAAUACACAAUCUGUCUGAUUUUAAGUGAAAGUGGUGUAAAGUCAGUCAUGUUAAUGGUUUUUGUAGAAUAUAGGUUACACUUGAAUUAUGGUGCAUCAGUGCUUAAGCCUUUGGAAAGAUUUCUAGUCCAUGUAUGUGCCUAAUCUGUAUUAUGUUGGUUUAUUAAACACAUUUACAGAAUGUUGUGCACCUUUGUUGUUUUAGUACCAAUACCAUGUAUGUGUGGUAGUAGUGGUAACCAGUUUCUGGAUUUGUAAGGUGCAAUAAUUGUAUUUUAUAACUCUGUAAAUGUAUGGCAGAGUAAUGCCAGUAUUGUCAAAAAUGGCAAUUGUUUUAUUUUAUUGAUUAUAUUAAAAAGACAA